CAGACUUCUUAGCAACUUCACACUCUAACAAUGGCAGCAACAUCAUCUCCAGUGGAGAUUGGCGCACGCGGAACUAUUGCAUUUCUGGUUUCGAAAGAGAUCGAAUACUUCCAGAAGCAGAAGCAUGGCAUAAAUCAUCAGGAAGGAUCACAUAAGCAAAAGACAGUGAUCGAAGAAGGCGCCUCCACAAGCGGGAGUUCCAUUGCAACAAAGAGCAAGAAAAAGAAAGCAUCAGUUAGCAAAGCAUUUUUGCCAAGCAUUUGUUCAGCAGUUGACAUCAACAAUUCUGCCGUCCGAGUGGAAAGAAUUGUAGGAAUCAGCAAUAAUAAUAGAAUGAGGUCGGACGGCAAUAAGCUGCCUCAAAUCUAGGCAGUGGACUCGGAGAGCUUUGAGAAGCCGAGCUUCUUGAGCCUGCUGCUCAUAGGAUUGCUGCAUUUCAGGUCCACCACUUCCACAAUGUAAGAAUUUGG